CUGGAGUUGAGAGUACGUAUUGUUAGUCUGCGAGAUGAAAGUCUAAAAUGAGCUACUUUAAUGCGCGCUAUGUGUGUCCGUGUACAGUUUUAUGACAUGAAAGCAGUGCAUUGAUCAGCAUUAGAACCCUUGUCUUUGACACUUCACGACGGUGUGAUCCGCAGUUCUUCACUUCGUAGUCAUGAGGCAGCUUUUCAUAGUUCUUCUGCUUGCAGCGGUGGUUUGCUCAGGCAGCACGUCAAUCCGCGGCCUGCUGCAGUCAAGUGGAGGAGCAGAUCUGGGAUCCUGCCAGCAGCCCAGGCGGCUUGGGCCACGGGGUAAAAUCAGCAGCCCAGGAUAUCCAAUUUCCUACUCAAACCACACAUCUUGCAGCUGGUCUAUAUUUGGUCGCCGUGACCAGGUUAUUACAAUAAGUUUUGACGACUUGGACCUUGGUGGCCUGGAAGACUGUGAGAAAAAUCCCUGUUGUGGUGGCACUUGGAUAAAACUGGGCCCUACACCGAAUGGAGGCGAGAGAGUGCACUGUGGCCGCAAGCGUCCUGAGCCUUUUAUUUCACGAAAUAGUAAAGUGUGGAUCAAGUUCCACAGCUCCCCAAUGCAGGUGCCCCAGGGCCGAGGCUUCCAGCUGUCCUAUACUGUAGGUGGAUACAAGCAGUCUUCAUCAUGUAGACCAGAUGAAUAUCAGUGCCGGAAUGGAAUGUGCAUCUUUCAGCAUUGGGCUUGUAAUGGUCGUGCUGAGUGUGAGGAUAACUCGGAUGAGCUGCAAUGUCCUUGCCCAGGUGGAAUGUUGCGCUGUGCAACAGGGAGUGGUUGCUACAAUAGGGAGGCUCACUGCAAUGGGCAGCCUGACUGCCCUGACCUAAGUGAUGAGCUGGACUGUGCCUUCUGUGGGCCAAACCGUACCUUGUGCAGUCCCACUUCUACAGCCUGCUAUGACCCACUCAACGAGCGCUGUGACAGCGUAUUUCAUUGUGAAAAUGGGGAAGAUGAACAGGGUUGUGUAUCCGGCUGUGAGCAGAAGAUAAUGUGUGCCUCUGGAGUGGGCUGCUAUCGUGCCCAGGACCGUUGUGAUGGUGUGCCUCACUGUGCUGAUCGCUCAGAUGAGACUGGUUGUGGACCAGAAAAGUGUCGCUCUGAAAGAGGUGCUUAUCUAUGUGGUGAUGGGAGGUGUGUUACUGAAGAUUCUGUUUGUGACCGGGUCACGGAUUGUCCAGAUGGCAGCGAUGAGUAUGGAUGCUUGAGGAACAGCAUGAUAACAGCUGCUAUCAUUGGAUCCCUGUUCUGCGGGUUGCUCGUUGUGGUGGCUGUCAGCUGCUCAUGCCGGCUCUAUGCACUGCGGCUGGCACAGCAGCAAGCAGCAGCUGCUGAGGGUCCUAUGGACUCACCUCCUUUGUUUGCGGACAGUGCACCACCGGACUUCUGGUUUCGAGAGCCUCCACCACCAUAUGCAGUUGCUGUUGGUGACCACAGGUACCAUGUCCCACCAGAUGGCGUGAUAGUGUAUGGGCCUGGAGGUGCACAGAAUGACUUGGGAAAUCUGUGUACGCGAGGCACACAGCGUCGCACGCGGCGCCUGCGGCGCCAUCGCCGGCGUCCUCCAUCUCCUCCCACACCUUCAGUCACAUCUCACGAGACAGGAUCAUCAGAGGAAGUGCUGGCCACUGCAGUUCAUGGUGACAACAGCCUUGUCCUGGGUGUCCACACAGCUACAACAUCCCGGCGGAAAGUCUCGACAUCUGUGCUGUCGGAAGGGACUAGCCGGAUGGCCUUGCCUGUAGUAGCCACAGACACAGUGGUCAGCUGUGAUGACACACGGCCAUUGAUUGAGGAUGACCCCCACUGCACCACAUGAGUCACUGAACGUAGUUGGUACAUAUGCUGGUGCCUCAUAUGAGCUCUGGGAUGUCCACAUGGCAUUGCUCAGCAGUGGCUAUAUGACUAAUGAGCACUUCUCAGAUGCCUGUCUUUACUUGAAGGAGAAUCUGUGUGCUAGCUGUUAACUUUAAUGGCAUGUUCAAUUGACAUGUUUUGUCUGUGAAGAGUGUCACACGCACCGUCAUUCACUUUUCGUCAUUGGUUCAUUCAUCUGUUUUGCCAGCAGCUUAUUUGCAUUAACCAGCCAAGCAGACCACAUUCUAGAUUCACCAUUUUAAAGCUAAUUGCUGGGUGUACCACUUGUAAUAUUGUGGUACAUGGCUAACAUAUUGUGCUAAAGGUCAAUUUUGUCAUGUGAAUGAUACCGAAAGCGGAUCCACUGUGAUGUUACUACUAACCUUUAGGACUCGGUGUGCUCCACCUGAAAUGACACUAAACUGUGCACAGUACCAUGUUAUCACUAGGACUGAUAGCGUUCAGUUUCCAGGAUGUGUUGUUACUAGUUACAAGUUUACAAGAACUUUGUGGACAUAAGCAAGUCCAUGGACAAGUCUAAAGUCAGUGCUUGGAUACUGCACUGCUUUAAGGUUUUCCCAAGGUCAGUUUUAAAUACUUUCAUGUUUUUGAACUUGGGAUCACAAGUUGCAGUUCCCUCUUUUUGCCUGUUGAUGUGAGCCGCGUAGACACAAGUUCUGUCUUGUUAUGUACACAAAUAUAUAUAUAUAUAUGUAUAGUUGCGACUUGUAUAGGUUGUUGUACAAGGAUAGAAAGGGUCUGUACAGAAUUGUAUCAUUGUUAACAGCCUUCCCACUUACCUUAAAAACUUUCAUCCUUCUUCUGGCAGAGCAUUUAGGCAUUAUCAUGCGGAUCAUGUACCACCCUGCUUUCUUCCUUCAACAGUCUUUGCUUUGAUUGAGUUCAUACUUGGUGGACUAUCUUAAAAGAAAUUUCAUGCACUAUAAUGUCCAUACUUUGGCUACGGUGUCAUGCUGUGCACCAAACUGUAAAGAUUAAAGAUUGAUGUAAGUCGAUAAUGUAAAGUAAUCAGGUCUAUUUAUGGCCACUUGUUUUGUAUAUGUUUACUCAUCCUGUGUUCAAGCAAACAUUUAAACUGGUGGCACUGCCAGCGAAAAUACUUGUUCAGCCAGUAUGCCCUUCUGACAUACUGCUUUAGCUGUUCUUAGCUGCUUGAAAAUUUUGUGAACUUCGAAACUCUUGUCAGUAGUCUGGAAUGGUGAAAGAAAAGAAACUGGAGUACUGCCUAUACUGGAUGUUUUUUAGACUAUACAGAAUUUUAAAAAAUCACCUGUGGCAGAUAGCACAAUUUUAAUCCUUGAAUUGGGUUAGAAGAGACUGACAUUACUUGCACAAGAAGUCAAAAUGUAUGAUCAACUAAUUAACAAAAGUGCUCUAAUUAAGUUUGCAUCUUUGUGGCUCAUAUUGCAAUUUACGAAUUGCAGCUGGUGAGUUUGCGAGGUGUAUUCAUUUGGAACUAAUUCUCAGAAUGACACCUCUUUCAAAAUAUUCAUUUCCAAAGUGCGCAACGAAAUACAUUGCCAUUCCAGUAACUUUUGUGCUUCAAUGCAUAAAAUGGUGUUUUUUUUUUUUUUUUUUAAAGGUAAGUUGGACAAUGGUGCACUUUUACCACAAGUAUGACGGGGCGCACAUCUUAAAACCUGUGGUAUUCUCAGAAUUUGUUCCAAUUCGGUAUGCCUUGCAAACUCGCCGGCUGUAAUUCAUAAAUUGCAAUAAGUGAAAUCUAAUGUGUAAAACUUCAUGCGUGAAAUUUUGUUAGUCUGUUAUGAAUUUCGAUUUCUCAUGAAAGUAAUGUCUACCUCAUCAAGUGAUUCAGUUCAUGGAUUAGAAUUGUGCUAUCUGCCAUAGGCAAUUCUUUAAAAUUCUGUAUAGUAGUCUAAAGAAAGCACACUAUGUAUUAGGCAUACAAAAGAUGGAAAGCAAAUUGGCACAACUAUCCACAAUAUGUUUUUGUAGCAAUGUAUGUAGUUAAACGGAAAUGUGACUUUAAAAGCUUAUGGCAUUUAGUAUCGCAACAUUUUUAAAUGAUGGUACCAUACCAGAGCAUCUACCCUCCCACCAUAUCAUUAGCUUCUCGCAACCCAAACAUAAUGACCCAAAGUUGUGCUCUAUUGACCUAGUGAAGAAGUGUGUCUUUUAUGACAGGAGUAGUUGUUAAGUGGAUGUUUUCUUAUGAUAGUAAAUACAAGGUCCCUGAUGUUUUGCUUUCCAAGCUUUACAGAGGCUAUGCAUCUGACUGAAACCAAUUCUAUUUAUUAAAGGUAGUUGGUGCGAGGCUGUGCAAGGUAGAUAUCUCCUUCAGGCAUCAAUUGUUUGUUGAACGUUUAGUUCUAAUGCAUUUCUUGCAUCUUCAGUGUCAUUAAAUAUAUGCAGCAGCAAAACUGAUCGAGGAUAUUAAAUCUCGCUGGGAGCCCUCCCUCCCCUUCGCGUAUGCGCUUACACACACACACACACACACACACUCAAAUAUAUGGACUCGCCAUCCGAACUAUAAGAAAUAUUGAGAUGUUGCGACAGUGUAAACUGUUUUGCAUGCUCCUGUGUGUGGGAAACGACAUGCCAUUUAAAAAAUUUGUCCAUUGCAAAUCACUGUUGUCAAAAACAACAAAGAGAAUGCACUACAUGAUGGCAUACUGGUGUCACAGCAAAUAUGCAGAUGUCUAUCCUGCAACUCUUCUCUAACACAUUUAGUGCACAGUAAUAAAUUUGUGAGCAGGAGUUUCUUUGAGUAUGUGACAUGGAUUAAACAUCAAUAUUUCCAGUAGUGAUUAUGAUUUUUAGAUAUCUUGGCCUGGAUAAUUAAACACUCUGGGCUUAAAGGAGAUAUACCGUAUAUUCUGGUGUAAAUGUUUGUCAUUCACUCACACUGCGCUAGGUCCUUGGAUAUCAGCACUGUGCAAGAGGCAUAUGAGACUCCUCUUCAGUGAAUUUGUUGCCGCUGCAGUUGAUUGUCAGAGGGAAGUUUGUCAAUCAAGUGAUGGUGUCAUCUCAAAAUUCAUAUCUCUGCGACUCCUCCCAUCACUUUCACCAUGUGCAUACACUUGUGCAAUGUACACCACUGCUUUCUGCAGGCAGCACCUGCCACUGUGUGCUGCCCUGGGUGCCUGCACUUUGUGCAUAAACUUUCUAAGCUUCAUACAUAAUAUCUUUGUUGUUACUCCCACACUUCCUUAAACAUAGAUGGGCUCUAAUGACUAUAACAUUCCAUUCGCAUUUUGCAUAAAACCCUGGUAGUUUAUUGAUUGUGCAAGUUAACGUGUAGCAAUACAUCUGCAGCCACACCUGACGGCGGUUUCACCUUUGAACAGCCCCAGAAUCAAGCUGCUCCAGAUCCAUGGUUGCAUGCCAGUGAGAACAAAUGAAGUAGCAAACGAAACUACAAAAAAAAAAAAAAAAAAAAAAAAACUUCCUGAGGUUUUUGAAUACACCAGCAAAAGUGUCCAGUUUUUUAAAGCCGAAAUGCAUUUAUUUACUUUUCACUUAUGUUAAGACUGCACCCUAGACAUUUUUACUUAAAUUUAAGAAAAAUUGCACUGCCCUAACAUGAGAAUAUACAGUACAAAGUUGAGCAACUACUAGUGCUCUGUAGGCAUUGUGCACUUAUGUAAGUCAGUCACCAAAUCAAAUACGUACACAUUAACAGUUUGAACAACAUUUUGGCUCGGAAUAAAAAGUUCUAAGUCAAAGAAACAGCAAUGAAAUUUUGAAGCAAGUACGAAGCCUAGUUUCAGAUAGUGCAGAUAAAAAGCAGCUUUGAUGCGCAAUUUUGAGUUUGAAAGACGAGUGGAUGUGUCUGAAGACCUCGCAACAAUAAAAUUUUUUAUAUCAAACCUCAAAGAAACGCCACCAUUACUGCUUGCCAGAAGUGGUGCACAACCGAGAACGCAUGGAUCCUAAGCAUUAGAUGGCACUCAAGGCUGCCCGUGGCACACUGCACAAUCUCGGAGGCAACAGGCUGGGUCUUGCAUCAUAUCCGUUAACAACCAGGUGCACGCAUUGUCUGCUCAGGUGCUGUUUAAAGACUGCUAAUAAGAAAAUUAUAUAAUUACCAGCCCUGCAGCUUUGCCAAGGUUUCUCCAAUGCACCACACGUCUAUAUAACAGAAUUGCAUUUGGCCUUUGAUAUAGCAUAGUGCAGGUAAAGAUUUAAAGGACGUAUGUUUUGAUGCACCUUUAUCGGGGACCACCAAGAAUUUGAUGAAGGGUCAAUUUAUGGUAGUGUUCCCUCUUAAGUGUUCCUGGAAGUUUAAAUCAAAUUACAUUUUUGCAUGAGAGAUUGCUACAAAUAAUUUCAAGAUAAGGCAUUUUUCGAUAACAUUUGAAAUAGAUCUAAUAGCAGUACUACUCUAUUGUUUCUUUUCUCUAUGCUCUAUGCCCAUAGUGAUAUGUAAUGUCACUGGGCAGUUAUCUGUGCAUACACCUCAUUGCUUUUUUUUUUUCACUUGUGAGAUUCUGCAGCAUGACUAUACGUACUGCAUCUCAGUAGUUCCCUUUUACAUUGUGGAAGCUGCAAAAAGCCUUAGCCAUUAAGUAACACAGAUGCCUGCCAGAAUGUAUUUGUGUAUACAAUGUCAUCUGCCUGUCAUCAUCGUAGUGAUUUCUCGGGACACCAGCAAACAGCAAAAAUUGUAAAUGCAUUAUUACAGGCAUUACAUUGUUAUAAGGGAGAAAAGAAGGCUGUAAUAAUCUUUGAGAAUGAACUCAAUAUUAUCUGUUGGCAAUAGUUGGAAGCCAAGAGUAGCUACUUGAGUCCACAUGUUUCCAUGGCAAUGCCAAAGCACAGUCAUAGUUGAGACAACUUUUUGCUCACAUGUUGUGGUUGACACAAGAUGAGGCAAAACAAGAGCCAGCUGCACUGUUUCCUUUUUGUGUUGUUGCAAAUGCACUGCACAGCACUAGAGGAGGACAUGUUUCCUGCUGGUAUCUUCAUUUUGGCCCCACACAGUUUCUGAAAUGACAAGCUUGAGGUUUUGGAUUAACAAAGUAAGCCUUUAUAGUCAAUAGAGAGCAGGCUAAAAUACAUUUCAAGUAGCACACAAAUUCUGUGCUAAUAUGUGCUGCUUUAGAGAAUGAAAUGGGGCUAUUUACUUCACCUAACAUGCAAUAUCAAGAAACAGCUGGACAUAAUUGGUUAAAGUGCUGUCUAGAGAGUGAGCAUGUUCCAUUUGAAGUGUCCCUGUUAUUGCACACAUAACUGUAAUUGCACAAACUAUUUGGUGUUAGUACUAUGAUUAAGUGAUAAAAUGCAACUGGUGGAGUCUCGAUAUGCCUUGACAAUGCUGAAGGGAACUACUGCUAUGAAGUAUAUAUAGGUUGUUUUAUGUUUACAGGUUUUUCCUAUGUAAAACAGUUUACUUCUGUCUUAGUAAAAAAAAAAACAGCUUGAACAAUUGAACAAGGGCAUAUAGGAUAUCUGAAACGUGCUGUUAUUUACAUACUGAAGACAACAAAUUACGGGUGUUUUUGACAGCCUACUGGUGUACUUGACUGCUGUAGUCAUCUAAAUUGUGCAUUUAUGCUUGCAAUAUGGGCUGCUUUCCUCAUGUAAUCUUUAAUGAAAGAGGGGAAGUCAGUGAUCAGGGUUGUGUGGUUUACCACUUUUUGCAGCAUAACCACUUGGCAGUCUUUUUUUUUUUGGUGAACUUAAAAAUAAUAAUAAAUUAGUAGAGGAUUAACCCAUAUCUGACUGAUGUGAAACUAGUACUGCAAAAUGUGAAAGGACCUUGGUACUCUGCCUUUUCAGAAGUUCGCCUUAAUAUUAAGUGCACCAUAAUAUGGUAGACUAGGCAGAGGUCCCCAGACUGUUAUACCUGUCAUGGUAUUCAGUAUAAUAGAGUUAAUCUUUGAGGGUAUUCACUGUAUAACUUUUAAUUGCAGUUGCAUUUAAGUCCUCACCCUCCUACAUUGUUCAAUGGGAAAUAAAGCUUCAUUCAUUCAUCAAGGUCAAAGCAAGUGUGGUUUAUUCAACGCGUGGGUGCUUCCUCACAUGUUAUUACAUUUUCCCCCAUGGGGAAUGUGGCACAGCAUUUUUCAUCUUGUCUGUGUGUGAUGCCAUAAUAGCAAGGCUACCUGGUUCUAUUAUCAUUUCUCCAUUGUCUCAUGGCAAGCUGCUCCUUCCUCAGGCUUUAUGUCCUCCUCCUCCUCUUGAACAUACAAUCUCCCAAGUGCCUUAAGGUCUUUUAUGCUGAGUCAGCCAAUUCGUGGGUGUGAUUUAUGCAUACACGGGAUGUGAAAUGAUGGGAACCAUUAUUGAGACUUUUAAUGUGAAAGUUCACCUAUUCACUCUAGUUUCAUUCAUAGCCUUUUUUUUUUAAGCGAACAAUAAGACUGUCAUGCUUGAAAGACCUAAAAUUUAAUACGUCUCUUCACUCACAGCAAGUCUGUAACUAAAACAUAGCAGUGUGGCAGUGCUGCAACUUGGGAAGUGUAGGGUGGUGGCUGCUCUGUACCAUGCAGUGCAUGCCAUUCCUUUUGUGCAACUCGCGUAAGCAAUGUACCCCUUGUAAAGGAAACUUGCAUUGUCUACAUAGAACCUAUUCUCCUCCUGAAACUAGACUGCCUGUCAUCAAAACAGUUUUUGAGGAAUGUCUGUGAGAGUUGCUCUGUUGGUACCUAUAUGUCUGUCAACUACAAAAUUGAUCCAUUCACACCAUUUCCUUAUCACUUGUUGCAUUUUUGUUGAGUGUUGAUGUAUAGAGUACUUUAUAUAUAAUAAAAAAUAUUGUGUGCAUUAUAAAA